AUGACAGUGAAAUGAUGACAGAAAACACAAAAAAUCAACAGAAAAUACAAAACUACAACUGAAAACAAAAAUAAUUAAAACCAACAAAUAAGUGUUUAUAAGUUCAUAAUAAUAUAUUGAUAGAAUAUAAUACAACUAUGUUUAUAUCUUUACUGUGUUUAUGAGUUGUUAAAGACUGUCGGUGUUAGAACUUGGAAGCUUCUUUAGAUUUGGCUUCUCAGGGCAGUGUCCGAUAACUGGUUUUAAUAGGAUGAAAGCUCACCUAUCUUUGUAAUGAUAAUACUAAUCUAAUUUAGAGCUACGGAUGUUAAUAAAUAUUGACUGUACUGCUAUGUGAACCUACAAGAUGUGUUCUACUUCAGUGUUUUCCUUCUUUAGUCAGUGGAGGCUGUGGAUCAGGCCAUUCUUGAUUGCACUUUAUGUGAUCCUGAUCAUAGUUCUAGUUCCAAUACUAAUCGUCAAAUCAAUAAACAAUGGCUUCAAGAAAUCGGACCAAGGAGCUUUAGUUGGUGGGGCAUUUGUUCUCUUAGCUUUGCCAAUAUCCAUAUGGCAAAUUAUACAACAUAUUGUACACUACACAAAGCCCUCUUUGCAGAAGCAUAUUAUAAGAAUAUUAUGGAUGGUGCCAAUUUAUGCCCUGAAUGCUUGGAUAGGAUUGAUGUUUCCAGAGCAGUCUAUCUAUUUUGAUGCUCUCCGUGAAUGUUAUGAAGCUUAUGUGAUUUACAAUUUCAUGAAAUACUUAUUGAAUUACUUGAAUGAAGAUCAAGAUUUAGAGGCAGUUUUGGAAACAAAGCCACAAAUCUACCACAUAUUUCCAUUGUGCUGCUUGUCACCAUGGGAAAUGGGCAGGGAAUUUGUCCACAAUUGCAAACAUGGUAUUCUCCAGUACACCGUGGUGAGACCAGUGACUACAGUGAUCUCCAUGAUAUGUGAGAUCAAUGGUGUCUACGGAGAGAGUGACUUCAGCCCUCGAGUGGCCUUCCCAUACAUGAUCAUUAUAAAUAACUUCUCCCAGUUUAUAGCCAUGUACUGCCUGGUUCUGUUCUAUAGGGCAAACCGGGCCGAACUGAAGCCUAUGAAACCUAUUGGGAAAUUCUUGUGCAUCAAAGCUGUUGUCUUCUUCUCAUUUUUCCAAGGAGUUCUAAUCAACAUAUUGGUAUACUCUGGGGUCAUAUCCUCAAUAUUCGACAUUGUUGAUUCUGGAGAAAUUAAAAUUAUAUCUUCUGAGCUGCAGGACUUUCUAAUCUGCAUAGAGAUGUUCCUCGCAGCAAUAGCGCACCACUACUCGUUUUCAUACAAACCGUACGUGUCUCCGCUGGACCCGACGCCCUCGUGUCUCGGCUCCUUCCUCGCCAUGUGGGAUGUGUCUGAUGUGAAGAGAGACAUCUCUGAGCACCUUGGAGUUGUUGGAAGCUCAUUCAGCCGACGGUUGCGAGGCAAGUCCAUGUACACGAUGGCUCGCGGCUACGACGAGAGCUCCCGGCUGAUGAGCGACCCAGUGGCGCCCUCUACCUCCGCGCCCCCACUCACUGUGGACGUGGAGCCGCCGCCUGACCCUCGCGCCACCACCUACGGGUCCAUAGACACCACCAUGACUACUGGAUCGACGAACUCUGAUACUGAACCCUUGAUCGACAUGUCCGAAGACCGACCUCUGCCAAAGGAUGACCCAAAAGCGUAAUUUAGCUAGCGUAAGACGUGUACAUAAUUAUGUUUCUUGUGAUGGUUUAGUUGAGUAUAUUUCUGAACUUUAGUAUUUUGUUUAUGAUGUUGUACUUAUAGGUGUUAAAGUAUUAAUUCAUGUAAAAGAGGUUGCGGGGUAGUCUUGUCACCUAUAAAAGCAUUUUCAUACGACUUGUCGGUAGUAGAACCUCAGUGCAGAAUGCGCCAAAAACUUAUAUUUAAGUAUAUUUUAUGAAGCAAACCAGUUUUUUAGAUGGAGGUUUUUAACUUAUUGAGUUGCGACAUAGUUGAGGUUCUACUGUACCUACAUUUCAAUAUAACUUACAUAUGAGUACCAUCUUUUUCGUCCUCUCCCUAUGACUUAAACAUGCAUAAUUUGUUGGUAAGUAAUAUCAUAAUAUUAUUAUACAAGCUCUAUUUUUAUAUUGUAACCUAUUGCUGUGUAGCUGACAUAACACAUCACAUUCCUAGUAUAUAAUUAUAACAAACACAUACGCAAAACAUAUUAUAUUAUAAUGCACCGUU